AUGAUCAACAUCUUGAAAGGAGUGCUUACAGAAUGCGACCCUGCCAUGAAGCCAUUCCUGCUGUACCUGGAUGAGUCCAGCGCCCUGGGGAAGAAGUUCAUCAUUCAAGACAUUGAUGACACACACGUCUUUGUAAUAGCAGAGCUGGUUAAUGUCCUGCAGGAGCGAGUAGGGGAACUGAUGAACCAAAAUGCUUUCUCUCUUACCCAGAAAUUAAAAUACCAGACACUGAGUACCUAG